AAACAGUUCUUGCUUUUUUCAACACUGGUGUAUAACCCAUCAAACACCAAGUAAUUCGAACCAAAAAUGAAGUCUAAGAAGAUUCAUCACUGAAACUUGAAGUCAUUACAUAAUUUGCAUCAUAAAAAAGCAAUGGUUUCCUCGAUUCUUCUUCAGCAAUCCAUUAAUUGCCUCAUCUACAACAAUCAGUUAGGGAAGAAUUUGAAGAAUGGAUUGACGAUAUCCAAACCCAAUUUGAUGCAGAAAUGUACCAGUAGUAAGAGAAUCGGUGGCAUUAAAGCGAGAGCAUCGUUUGAUACUAUCGAGACUACUCUUUCUUCUACUGGUUUUCCUCUAUUUCAAACCGAGUCUCCACAAGAAGACACGCUUGCUUCCAAGUUCGAGCUAGUAGACCCUGAAUUUAUAAAAAUGGGAUUUCUUAGAGAUGUGAGAACCUAUGGGGUGGAAUUCAGGGAAGGCCCAAAUGGGAUGGGAGUCUAUGCUUCGAGAGAUAUUGAGCCUACUCGUCGUGCCAAGGUGGUCAUGGAGAUCCCAUUGGAGUUGAUGUUAACUAUAAGCCAAAAAACUCCAUGGAUGUUUUUUCCAGACAUCAUACCUAUUGGGCAUCCAAUAUUCGACAUUAUCAACUCAACAGAUCCAGAGAAAGAUUGGGACCUCAGAAUGACGUGUCUUCUUUUAUAUGCAUUUGAAUGUGAGAAGAAUUUCUGGCAACUCUAUUAUGAUUUUUUACCUAGUGCUGAGGAAUGCACUAGCUUGCUUCUAGCUACAGAGGAUGACCUCAACGAGCUACAGGAUGAGAAUCUUGCUUCAAUCAUGAGAAAAGAGAAAGCACGCGGGUUAGAAUUUUGGGAAAAGAAUUGGCACUCUGCUAUGCCUCUGAAAGUAAAGCGGCUUGCUCGAGAGCCAGAGAGAUUUAUGUGGGCACUUAGUAUGGCACAGUCUAGACAGAUUGGCUUUAAAAUAAGAGUCGGUUCAUUAGUUCAGCAUGCAAAUAUGCUUGCUCCUUAUGCGGAUAUGCUGAGCCAUUCUAGUCAGCCAAAUUGCUUUUUCCAUUGGCGUUUCAAGGACCGCAUGUUUGUGGUGAUGACAAUUGCUGGACGAAGGGUUAAAAAGGGGGAGGAGAUGACCGUUAAUUACACGAAUGGUAUGAGGAACAAUAUGCUUAUGCAAAGAUAUGGCUUUUCGACACCUGCGAAUCCUUGGGAUGUCAUUCCAUUUUCUGGAAAUGCAAAGAUCCAUUUGGAUUCCUUCUUGUCAGCCUUCAACAUAUGUGGCUCCCCCAAAGAAUAUUACCAUAAUGCCAAAUUAGCAAAUGAAGGAGAUAAUUUUGUGGAUGGAGCAGUUAUCGCAGCUGCCAGAACAUUGCCAAUGUGGUCAGAAGGGGAUCUCCCUCCGGUUCCAAGCUUAGAGAUCAAAUCCGCGAAAGCUCUGCAAGAAGAAUGUCAAGAAAUGCUUGCGGAGUAUAGCACCACUUCUGAGCAAGACCAGCAUAUUCUGGAUUCUUCGCCAGAAAUGAGCUGGACCCGCGAAGCUGCAAUCAAGUAUAGGUUGCACAGGAAGUUAUUCCUUGAAAAGGUGAUACAAGCUUUGGAUGUAUACCAAGAUAGGAUAUUGUUUUAACUAGGGCAGGUAGUGUUGUAGACUUUGUAGGUCACCCUUUUGCAUGAGUUGGCAUCUUUACGGAAACAUCAGGUCUAUUUUUUGGGUAGAUGACAGGUCUGUGUAUAUCUCACAUUCAGACCCUGCUUUCGAGUGAGAUAUACUGAUGUAGGCUGUGUAGGACCCAGCAGGGCUAGAGUGUCCUACAUAGCUCUUUUGUUGAACCAUGUAGAGAGUAUGUUUAGAUAUAGAUAUCUCUUUAUCU